UGUAUGAAAACGUGUUUGUUUUCCUUGUAGAUCUAAUGAGGAAGAAGAAAAUACUUCUAGCAUUACCAAAGAUAUCAUAUUUAGCAGUGCUGUUGCCUUGCUACUUCUAAUAAUUAUAAUUGGUAUAAUCUUGUGGAAAACACAAGUUCUGAGGAGUAUACCAUGUUUAAAUAGACAAAUGCAAACUGAUACAGAUGAAAAAAAUCGCAAAGAUCCUGAGAAAGUGUCAUUAAUGGAGUCGCCAAAGAUUCUCACAAGAAAUUUUUCAGGAUGUUCAAGCUUAGAUUCUUCCCAGAUGGCGACACCAAAGACAGAGGGCAUUCGUCAUAAAGACAUACAAAUUCAACUCGAAGAACCCAUACCUGAAUACGAAGGAACAAGGAGCCGAGUUUUGUUCAUAGCUGCAAUAGACAUCGGAGCAACCUACUCAGGAUAUGGGUUUUCUUCAAUAUUUAACCCGUUUGACAUCGAGAAGAACUUCUCUACUACUAAUGAUAAUGCGCUAACUACAAAGAUCCUGACUGCUGUAUUACAACGCACUGAAAAUAAUGAAGAUUUAUAUGGAUAUGAUGCCAGAAAAACAUAUGAAGAGGCCUUGCCAGGGGAUAGAGAAAAGUUAUUGUUCUUCUGCCAUUUUCACCAAUUUUACGAAAAAAAGGGAGACAUGGUGGUUAAAGCAGAGAACGGGAUAGAGAAACCCCUGAAAGACAUAUUGACAAUAUUCAUCAGAUACCUUCUAAAUCUUAUUCUACAACGCAUCAAGGAGGUUUUCAACAGAACUCAGGACACAACUGAGGGCGUUCGAUUGGAAGACGUUAACGCUGUUGUCACUUACCCUGUAUCCUGGGACGAAGACCUUGUUUCUGUACUGCGGAGUGCAGCACACGCUGCUGGAAUUUCUGAGCGAUCGCUCUACAUGGUAAGUGAAGUGCAGACCGUUUUACCCUUUCUUCAAGUCAUGCCAAAACAUUUGCUGCCUUUAGCUAAACGAGAGACCGGACGUAAAGUAUUUCAGGACAUCUACAACAAAGACUUCAUCAUUUUGGAUGUAGGCGGGGAGAGAUGUGAGAUAACAAAACUGAGAGGGAGAGAAGGACAAGAACGGUCCCAGAACAUAGAAAUGAGAUACUUUGACUGGGAAGCAGACGGUCCGGGGGAGAGAUUUAUUCGGUUCAUGAAAUCUUUGUUUGGGGAAUAUAUCAUAUCAGACCUCCAUACAAAUUAUGUGGAAGAUUACUCUUUGCUUUUGCAUAACUUCGAGACAGAAAAGCACAAAAUCAGCAGCAAUACACAGAAAAUUUACUUACCGAUCCCGACCCAGUUGGAGGAUCUUGUAAAAGAACAUACUAGUCAGUGUUCUGUUAAGGAGCACGUGGAAUCAAAAUCAAGACAGAAAUACAGUAGGGGAGUUACCUUUGAAAACCACAAACUUCACAUUGAUGCAGAAGUUUUUCGUGUCGUUAUUUUUAAACCAGCUCUAAUGUUAUUAAGCCAGCAUUUAAAGGAAUUUUUCGAAAAAGAUAAAAAUUUAAGUGAGAUUUCUUUUCUCUGUAUGGUUGGAGGUUAUUCAAACAACAAAUUAUUCCAAAAUGAAGUCAAACGUUUUUGUGAUUUAAACAAUUUAGCUGUUGUAGUACCAGAUGAAGCAGAACUUGUCAUUUUAAAAGGUGCUAUAUAUGCUGGACAUUUACACUGGUUCAGAUGUCAGUUUGAAGAAAAAUUGAAAAGCCUUACCUAUUAGCAAAGAAUGAAUAUUUACAAAGGCAGCAAA